CCCGACCAGCUCCAGAUGUGCCGCAGGAACCUGGAGGUCAUGCCCAGCAUCGUCCGGGCCGCCGGCCGCACCAAGAGCAGCUGCCAGGAGACCUUUGCAGACAUGAGGUGGAACUGCUCCUCCAUCCAGCAAGCACCCAGCUUUGGGCCUGACCUGCUGAGAGGAACACGGGAAUCCGCCUUUGUCUACGCGCUGGCCGCAGCCACCAUCACACACUCCAUCGCCCAGGCCUGUGCCUCGGGAGAGCUCCCUCUGUGCUCCUGCGGCUCCGUCCCCUCGGAGGUCCCUGGGUCAGGCUUCCGAUGGGGUGGCUGUGGGGACAACCUGAGCUAUGGCCUCCAGCUCGGCUCCGCUUUCGCUGACAGCCCCUUAAAGUCCAGCAAGCUGGGGAAACAAGCGCUCAAGGCCAUGAAUCUGCAUAACAGUGCAGUGGGUCGGCAGGUGCUGAGUGACUCCCUGGACACCAAGUGUAAAUGCCAUGGUGUUUCAGGCUCCUGCUCAGUGAAGACCUGUUGGAAGGGACUGGCAAAGCUGGAUGAAAUAGCCUCUGACCUCAAGUCCAAGUACCUGACAGCCAUCAAGGUGACCCAUCGGCUCAUAGGGCCCAGGAAGCAGCUGAUACCCAAGGAAAUGGAGGUCAGGCCAAUGGAAGAGACGGAUCUGGUUUAUCUCAUCAACUCUCCUGACUAUUGCACACCGAAUCUCCACCUGGGGUCUAUGGGGACACAGGAUAGGCAGUGCAACAAGACCUCCAUGGGCAGUGACAGCUGCAACCUGAUGUGCUGUGGCCGUGGCUACAACACCUACAUGGAGGAGGUGGUGGAGAGGUGUCACUGUAAGUAUCACUGGUGCUGCUACGUGGUGUGCAAGAAGUGUCGGCGGAAGGUGGAGAGAUACGUCUGUAAGUAACACCAGAGGCGUUGUGGCAGGUAGGAGGACUCUUGCACUGG